AUGGCCUCCCCCUCGGAUGAAAAAGUCGGCUUCGAGAAUCUCGAAACAGCCGACUCGAAAAAAGGGGGCGAUGCCACAACAGCAGACGACUUCGGGUUCACGCCCGAAGAGCAAAAGAAGAUCAUCCGACGCGUCGACCGGCGCCUGGUGCUGACAGUCGGGGCGAUGUACUGCAUCAGCCUGAUGGACCGGACCAACCUGGGGGCGGUCAACAUUGCGGGGAUGGGGAAGGAUUUGGUGUUGGUUGGGGAUCGAUACAGCAUCAUCUCGCUCGUGUUCUUCGUCACAUAUGUCCUGUUCCAACCGCCGUCGACCAUCAUCGUGCGCAAAAUUGGUCCGCGUGUCCAUCUGGCGGCCAUCACGAUCCUGUGGGGCGGGUGCAUGAUUGGUAUGGGAUUUGUGCAGACCUGGGAGGCGAUGGCGGGGCUGCGGGUGUUGUUGGGUGUUUUGGAGGCCGGCUUCUUUCCGAGCUGUGUGUAUCUGCUCAGCACGUGGUAUACGAGAUACGAGGUGGGCAAGCGGAACGCGGCGUUCUACCUGGUAGGCUGUGUAGCAGCUGCAUUUGCUGGUAUUCUUGCCUUUGGACUCAUGCAAAUGAAAGGACUAGCGGGCCUCAACGGGUGGCGCUGGAUCUUCAUCAUCGAGGGUCUGAUGACGGUGCUAUUGGGCAUCGCCGGGUACUGGCUGCUGGUCGACUUUCCCGAUGCCACGCGAAAGAACUGGAGUUUCCUCGGUCAGCGUGAGCGCGAGUGGAUCUGCGCCCGCGUCAACGCCGACCGCGGCGACGUCAAGCCGCAACCCUUCUCCCUCGCCAAAUACCUCGGCGCCGGCACCGACAUCAAGAUCUGGGCGUACGCCAUGAUCUUCUUCAACACGACCACAGUCACCUACGCCCUGGCCUACUUCCUCCCCAUCAUCCUCACCUCCAACAUGGGUUUCGACGUCGGCCAAUCCCAAUGUCUCGUCGCGCCCCCCUACGCCUUCGCAGGUAUCAUCAUGUGCGCCACGGGGUGGUACGGCGACCGGUACCGGCAGCGCGGGGCGGUGAUUGUGUUUAACUGCGUGUUGUGUUUGGUGGGGUUGCCGCUGAUGGGGUUUGCGGAGAGCGCGGCGGUGCGGUAUUUUGGCGUGUUUUUGACGACGGCGGGGGCGAAUGCGAAUGUGCCUGCGGCGAUGUCGUACCAGGCGAAUAAUAUUCGCGGGCAGUGGAAGCGGGCGUUUUGUAGCGCGACGUUUGUGUCGUUUGGGGGGAUUGGGGGCAUUGCGGGGAGUUUGGUGUUUCGCGAUCAGGAUAAGCCGGGGUACCGCCCGGGGUUGUAUGCGUGUAUUGCUACGACGCUGUUGACGAUUUUGAUUGUGGGGGCGUUGACGCUGGAUUUUAAGCGGUUGAAUGGGAAGGCGGAUCGGGGCGAGCGGGAGUUGGAGUGUGAUGCGGACGAUGUGUACGAGCCUGGGUUCCGGUAUACCUACUAA